AUUUGCUAGAGUUUCCCCCAAGUUCAAGUUACCCCGGUUCUACGGUCCGCUAUCAUCGAUGACAGAGCAUCUAUGAUGUCAUCGUUUCUUGUUUCCUCACCUCUUACCGUCACAGUCUGACACGACGUCGACCGACGUCGUCGUUGACAAUGACGAAGCCCACCCUUGUUCAGUCCCUUCUUGGCCGGCCGUCGCAAACGUAUUCGUUUCCUCAAGACAAGCACUACUACUCGAGCAAAGCAAAGCUGCUUCGUCUUGCCGAAGGCGAUGGAGGCCGAGACAGGUAUAUCAAGGUACCUCAUGAUGAAGAAAAGCGGAAAAGGAAACGUAGUGCUGGCCACUCGCAGUCGAUGAAUUUGAUGAGAACAGAAGUCACACAUAAAUCUAAUAACGAUAACAACGCAAAUCUUGACGUAUCAUCUUUACCAACUGCUACUUCACAGCAGCCGCCAUCAGUCGUUGUGCUUAACGAUACGACCAGCGACGAAGACGACGACGACGAGCACGACAUCUUCUACACACCCAAUUCCUCGCCUAACCCUUCCAUGGCCUCAACAAUUGUUGCUCCUGUUGUGCCGUUCCCUGCAAAUGCCAAGGUGAGCCGUCCGGUGAAAACCGAAAUUGCGAUUGCUGUUCCGUCAACGAGAACACCAGCAUCGCGAUCAACGACAUCCCUGUCGUCAACUGUGGCAACGUCACUUGACGGACACUCCCUCUUUUCUGCCGAGUCAAGUCCGGUGUCCGAAUGCACACGUCUUACGACACCACUCAACUCUGAUUCUGGACACGAACCGCCGCGCAGGCUGGUGCGCUCUAAUUCCCCCCACACGAAACGCUCUUAUACUUACACCGAUGAAGACUGGGCAAAGGACGUGCGUUGGCUGGUCAUGCCGGAAGGAGAAUCAUCCAGGUCGACCAAGACUCCAUUACCUCGAACGAAGCCCAAAGUUUUCGAAAUAUCCCGCUCAGAACACUCCACUCCUUCACCUCGCAAUCAUUCUAUCUCCCAUGUAGCAAAAGUCACGCCCAGUAUCAUGAUGAGCAUGACCGCCCUUUUAGAGGAAGACGAGGAUCGAGACGGCCGAUUAUCUAGACUGGUACAUAUGAACGAAAAUCCUCGGAGCAGUGUCCUUAUUUCCCAUCCAAGGACAGAACGCGAAGGCUCUUCAAGCCGUCACAGAACGCGGCAGUCGGAAUCCACUCCAUAUCGAGAAUCUCCCCUGCGGACAAGUCAUCAACGCCACUCAUCACUGGACAACCAGCUGAAGCCAGCAACUAGAUCUUCUCCCCUCCCUGAAUCCAUCUUUACUUCGCGUAUGCCGUCUAUGCCAUCCCAAGGAACCCCGGGAUUUACGUCGCUUACUCUUCCUCGUGCACCUCCACCACCGUUCGCCAGCGGAAGUGGAAGUGGAAACAGGGCUUCGAUGUUCGGUGUCAUCGGAGCAGGCGAUGGUAAGGUUGAUUUGACAAAAAGCGGCAUAGCACAGACGACUAUGGCUAGCAUUGAGGUUGUCCGCGGUCUAAGCGGAUCCAGAGGAUUCGGAGGUAUACUGGGGCGAAAAGAGUCCAUCGCUUCCCGGGGGAGAGGAAAGCAGAGAUCGACGGAUGCUGUGUUAGGAUUCACAAGUUAUCGGGCUCCACCAACGUACGUACCUAGCGGCAGUGUGUUGGUGCAAGUCUGGAGCGUGGGCAUCGAUGCAAUCGAUGCCCGGCUAGUAGGAAGCGAAGAUACCAUCAAGGCGUCGAAGAGCAGCUCCAGCAUGAGUAGGAGUGGUAGCAUGACCGGACGAGAUCGGCCAAGCUUGAUGAGAACUGUUAGUUUGCGAACUAGACUCGCAAGGACGCCCAGUCAUCAGCGAGGACGGAGUGAGGCUGGUGUUGAUGACCGCUCGAGAGGUUCUGAGUCGUCGGUAGAGGUAGGCUUUGUCCCUGGGCGCAGUUUCGUAGGCCGUGUCCUGGAAUGUGGCUGGGAGGUGAGGGAGGAAGUAGCGAGGAAGGGUGAUUGGGUGAUUGGCCUUUUGGAUGUGAGAAAGUGUGGCGCCUUGCAAGAAUUCGUUGUUGUCGAUCGUCAUCGGAUUUACAAAGUCCCUCACCCGCGCAUGAGGCCCUCAUCCUCAUCGGGUGACGACGAUCGCGAUGACCUCUCUUGCCCACCCUUCGCGCGACCAUAUUCUGAUUCCAGAGACUCGUUUUCGUCACGUUCCGUAGUGUCAGGCCAAUCACUUGCCGAAUCCGUUUCCCACGAGAGCAGCUAUCUAUCGCCUAGCGAGCUUGCUUUGUUACCUUUAUGCGGUGUAGCGGCUUAUCGCGCAGUGCGCACAUUUGUAGCGGUUUUUUCGUCAGCGACAUUAACACCAUCGGCAACUGCCCAAGGUCCGCUAGAGGGACUAGAUUUGACUCCACGAUCUCCGAGCAACCAUGGAAAUAGCGCUAGAAGGCGAGCACUGGUGCUUCGGGGACAUGACGGCAUUGGUGCGAUGGCAGUACAGAUGUUGGUAAGAAGAGGAUGGCGCAUCUCUGUACAUGCUUCCAUGCCUUCGUUUUCCGAUCCCGAAGAAGAGGUCGAGUAUAUGAAGCAAGUGGAGAAUCGAGUGAGAUCCUGGGGAGGUGAAGAAGUCGUAUUUGAUGAUGGUGAUAUUGGAUCGCUGGGCGAGGAAGGCAGAAGAGGCGCUGUGGUGCGGGUCAUUGAAAGACUUGUAGUUGAUGGCGACGCAUUUGAUGCCGUGCUUGACACUGUAGGCGGCAAGGCGAUUUGGGAGAUGUCUGAACGGCUUCUCAGUGGCGUUGGUACCGUGCAGAACAGCCCUGCGAAGAAGGGGCCAUUUGGUAGCUUGAGAAAACGUACCCCGCGCAGCAAGGGACAGUUCACGACUCUUGUAGGUGAUGUGCCAGAGCGGACGAUACCAAGUGCUGGGGAUCAUUUUAAAGCUGGGAUUCGGUCUUUAAAGAACAGCCACAAGGACGAGGGGAGGAACAAUGGAAAGGUUGGAUAUGCAUGGGUAAGUGUUGCACAGGACAUUGACUGGGAUGGAGAUGACGUUCGGGAAAGCAUUGGUUCUGUUCUGCGCUUAGCACUGAAGGAAGGGAUUCGGCCUAGAGUAGGUGGGGAUGAGAGAAUUGUCUCGUUUGAAAAGACGCCAUCGGUAUUUGUCGAAGGUGGCCCCCUGGAAGACGGCGGCACGAUUGUGGUAAAAGUGGUGGACUGAUGUGAAGAUUCCUGAUUUUCUCGGAUUCCGUUCUUUGUUUUUCUAAGGACGCAUAGUUAUCUUAUUCGGCUCAUAUUUACGGACAUGUAAUACAUUCGACCUCUACCUAUAAAUAAUAAUACAUAACAUUAGUGGUUGUAACACUGGAUACG